GACGCCAUGGAGCCCCACGCUUACGCGGAGGAGGAGGUGGAGGCGGCGGAGGACUCGUUUGCGAUGCUGGAGGCGGCGGUGGCGCGGAUGCAGGGCGACCCCGACUGGGAGGACAAGAUCCCGCCGGACGUGCGCCAAAGACGCUGGGCACGGACAGAGGCGGCACAGCAGGAGACGGAGCUCGAGGAGAUGGAGGAGAUGCUGGUGGAGGCGGCUAAGCAGUUCUCGACGGGUGCGGGUGUGCAAGGCUUGCUGGGUGGCCGCGGCGACGAGGGCGAGGCAUCCCACGGUGGAGAUUUGGCGCGGCGGGAAGAUCAGCAGCUGGCCACGGCCUUGCGAGCGUCGCUGGCAGAGAGCGAGGAGGAGGCGAUCGCACGUGCGGUCCGCGACUCCCUCAUGGAUGGCGCGGCGGGGGCGCGGCCAGUUGGAGAGCGCAAGCGGCCUCUGGCGACGGAAGAGACGCGGGAGAGGAGGCUGCGUCACUUUCAGUCUUUGCUUUAGUUCUGUCACGCACAAAUACGCCGUAUAGCUGUUAGCCUCUGUUAGUGUUACACGGCUCUUACUGGAGGGAGAGGGAGGGAGGGAGAGAGAGAGAGAGAGAAUGCAAUACCAAAGGCAAACCUACACUCGU